AUGCAAAAGCAUCCAAUUUUACCAAUCAAUACUCUAGAGAUGCCACUUUGUCCUAUUCAAUAUUAAUUUAUUUUCAGGAAAUCGAAUAAUGUAGUAACUGCAACUUUAAAUAUAAUGAGCAAGAAACCUGAAAUUCCAAGAGCACCAUCAGCAAUGAAUAAUAAAUUAAAUGCAGAACAAACUAUGACGAAAAUUAAACAAUUUUAACCUGAUUAAAAGUAUUUCUACUCGACUAAAGCAAUCAUUAAAAAUAAAGUUCUUUAAGAAUUCUUUCUAAUUGUAAAGCAAUAAAUCUAGGGGCUCUAAAAACUCCACAAGUUUUGAGUAUGUUGUAAACAUAUUUAGUGAUGCAGCAGCAAAGUAGAAUCAAUCAUCCAAAGUACGUAUCUCACAUUUACAUAUAAAUACAGCUCCAGUUAAUUCAUAUAAAUAGAAAUUCAAUGACGAAACGUUCCUUCUUAAAGAUCAAGAAACAGGUUUCAAAUUUUACUUAUUAAAACAUGAACUAUCUAUGAUAUUAGAUAAGUCGAGAAGAUUCAGGUUAAUAAAGAAUAUAUGGCAAAUUGAAAAAAAACAUAAAUCAGCGUGGCGAGAUUGGUGGUAAUAAAAGGGAAAACAAUCACUUUCUAAUACUCAAUGGCAAACAGAAAAACAACAAAAAAGUAGAAUAAUUAAUAGAGAUCUUCACUAAAGAAUUGAGACCAAAAAUCAAUAUUAAAGGAUUUGCUUCAAUUCAUUACAGUUGUCUAAACUAAAAUUAUGA